AUGUCUCAGCGCAAUGCUCGACCCAAAGCUUCCACGACCGAAUACAAGGCCAUAGCGGCCGAUUGGGCGAAGGCGAAGCGAAUAAAGGAGCUCAGAGACCCAGCCAAAGCGCCCGAGAGCCCCGCCAACAACACAGAUGAAGCUCAGCGUGCUGCUCUAGAGGGUCGCCGGAAGUCGGCUUUCGAGCGCCGCUGCUCCUGGACCGUUGGUUUCUGGGUGUGGAUGUUCGUGAUGCACGCGAUCGGCAUCCUACUAUUCACCAGUGGAUUUCUGUUAACCCGCCUUGUCCUGGAUGAGCGAUCCGAAUGCGCGAGCCCCCCGACCGAGCCGUUGUUGACAUGGAGCGGGAGCGGCACAAUAGACGGCGGGUGUUGGCACCCAAAGAAAUUCAAUAAGGCUGUCAUUGUAGUGGUUGACGCAUUGCGUUACGACUUCACUGUGCCAGUAGAAGAUGCGAACAAGGCCGAAGUGUACCACAAUGCCUUCCCGUUUCUUCACGAAUCGUCCAUCCAGUCGCCGAGCAAUGCAUUCUUGCUGCCCUUCAUUGCCGAUCCGCCAACGGCGACGCUCCAGCGGCUGAAGGGGCUUACUACGGGGACUUUACCCACAUUCGUUGAUAUAGGCUCCAGUUUUUCGGGCACAGCUAUCGAGGAGGACAACCUGUUGAUGCAGUUUCGAGACCAGGGCAAGCGGAUUGUCCAUUUGGGGGACGAUACUUGGACGGCCCUUUUCCCCGACUAUUUCCAAUCCAGCAUUAGCAGGGCUUACGAUAGCUUCAAUGUCUGGGAUCUGCACACAGUGGAUAACGGCGUUUUGGAUCACAUAUUUCCACUGGUGAAACCCGAGCGGACUGGCGAGUGGGAUAUUCUCAUUGGGCAUUUGCUGGGAGUGGACCACGCAGGCCACCGGUAUGGACCCGACCACGCAGCCAUGACUGCGAAGCUGCAGCAGAUGGACAGCUUCAUUCGUGAACUUGCCCAAGAGAUUGACGACGAAACGCUAUUGGUCGUGAUGGGCGAUCAUGGAAUGGAUGGCAAGGGCGAUCACGGCGGUGAGAGUGAGGAUGAGGUCGAAGCCGCUCUGUGGAUGUAUUCGAAAAAGCCCCUAUUCGGCCGCACGAAACCGGAGUUCGCAACACCCCCAGCAACAGCCAAGAUCCGGCCCGUGAACCAGAUUGAUUUGGUGCCGACGCUUGCUCUACUUCUGGGCAUCCCAAUUCCAUACAACAACCUGGGCCGCCCGAUUGAAGAAGCUUUUGCAGGCCCGAAAGGCAACGCCUGGGGUCAUCUUGCUGCUGCAUCUAGUAUGGCAGCGGCUGGAAUCAAGAGGUAUCAGGCAUCGUACUUCAAAGCUAGGGGCCUCCAUCAGAGUUCUACGCCAGGCUCGCCUGCAUCCCUCUGGAAAGACGCCCAAGAUACGAUCGAGGCGGGCACCAAGACCAAGACGUGGGAAUCUUCAUACAAGGCGUAUACCGCUUAUCAGGAGGAGACUCUGAGGAUUUGCAAGGACCUAUGGGCGCGUUUCGAUGUCCCAAAGAUGGUACUAGGUAUCUUGAUCAUGGCAUUUGGUGUGGUUGUACUGCUCCUCUAUGUAUCACGGGAUGACGAUGAGGACUUCGCAAUCCUUGACGACGCGGAGCUCGAGGCGCAGCUUGAUUUCGCCGAAAAGAGCCUGGAACUGCAAGGUGCAGCCGAGGCCUCUUCCUAUAAGAACGUGACAAAAUCUCUUGUUACCUCAGGGGUGCUGAGUGGCCUUGUGGUAGGAGUAGUGAGCGCCGCAACUGUGACGCUCACAGGGUCAGAAUGGCUUUCAGCCGCGGCAGCGACGGCGAUUGGGAGCAUGACCGCUGUCACGGUUACCCUGUUCCGGUCUGGAGGCAAGAGUGUGCUCAACCUUCUACCAACCACUUUCUGGGGCUGGCUUUCCGUCACGUUCGCUGCCAGUCAGUCGAUCGGUUUUGCUUCAAACUCGUACACCAUCUGGGAAGAUUCCAUCUCCUUGUUCUUCCUCUCGACGUUUGGCUUCACAAGUGCAGUCGCGGCACUUCGACGACCCACGAUUGCAGAGCGGACCCUGGGUAUCUACCAUUCUCUCCUAUUCAUCAUGCUCAGCCGAGUGGCCUCCUUUUCGAAGCUUUGCCGGGAGGAACAGAUGCCUUAUUGCAAGUCGACAUACUAUGCAUCGGCAAAUUCCUCGACUCCCGCGGCUUGGCAACUGGUUGUGCCAUUUGCUGUCUUCCUCAUACUUCCAUCAAUUAUCAAAUCACACAUGCAGACCUCGAGGUCUUACGAAGGUCUUGCACCAAUGUGGAUCGGUUAUGUUGUCCGACUCUGUCUCUUCUUAUCUGCUGCGUACUGGACCCUCGAUGCAGCAGACAAUGGCGACUGGCUCGCCUCGCUUUCGCAGACAACCUUGAAGACCAUCCAUGUCUCACUUGCCCAACUGGUUCUUGCUCUGACGCUUGUCGCCGGCUCAACCGCGUUCAUCUGGGCACCCCCCUGUGUCUCCAUUCUCACGUCUGCCAACAGCCGAAUGGCUCAGGUCACCGUUCUCGGCUACGGCAAUACGAAUGGCGCUCGCUAUCUUUUCCUGCCAAUUAACAUCGCCUGCGCUUGCAUCCUGCUCUCGAAGCCUGUAGGUGGAGGUGCCAUCGCGAUCAUGCUGUGGCAGGUUCUUUCUCUCGCCGAGAUCAUUGAUCUGAAUGCCAUCACAACCGAGACGAUCGGUCCUGUCGUCCUUGCCCUGUUGGGCAACUACCAUUUCUUCAAGACGGGCCACCAAGCCGUCUUCUCGUCGAUACAAUGGGACAGCGCAUUCAUCCCUCUCUUCACGAUUCGCUACCCCUGGACUCCGAUCGUCGUGGCACUCAACACGUUUGCAGGCCAGAUCAUAGCUUGCGUCGCCGUCCCGUUGCUGGUCCUCUGGAAGACUUCACCAAAGCGCAAAGGGGUCAUUGAGAGCGCGAGCCGUGCGCUCGGCAUAUUCGUGGCGUACUACGCCGUCGAGAGUCUGGCCACCAUGGCCUGGGCUGGGUAUCUGCGACGUCACCUGAUGCUAUUCCGCGUGUUCUGCCCGAGAUUUAUGACGGCAUCCGCGAUUCUGCUGACGGUUGACCUCGUCGGCAUUGUUGUCACGCUGCUGGGCGUCCGGACGAACGUUCUUGCUAUCAGCGAGGUGUUUGGCUUCGCGGAUUAG